AUGGCUUCUACGACAUAUACUCUUCCCCCUCUUCCGUACGGAUACAAUGCCCUGGAGCCCGUGAUCUCACAGCAGAUCAUGGAACUGCACCACAAGAAGCAUCACCAGACUUACAUCAACAACCUGAACGCCGCAUUGGCCUCGCAGGCCGCGGCUACUCAGGCCAACGAUGUGCCCCAGCUGAUCUCCCUUCAGCAGAAGAUCAAGUUCAAUGGUGGUGGACACAUCAACCACUCCCUCUUCUGGAAGAACUUGACUCCCCCGGGAACUAAAGAGGCCAACAUCGAUGUGGCUCCUACGCUGAAGAACGCGAUCGUCAGCCGAUGGGGUUCGGAGAAGGCAUUCACUGAUGCCUUCAACGCUGCUCUUCUCGGUAUCCAGGGUAGUGGAUGGGGAUGGCUUGUUGCCAACAAGCCCGGCGGAAAGCUGGAAAUCAUCACCACCCACGACCAGGAUCCCGUCACGUCGCCGGAUAUUCCGAUCUUUGGCGUCGACAUGUGGGAGCACGCCUACUACCUGCAGUACCUGAACAACAAGGCCGGUUAUGUGGAGGGUAUCUGGAAGAUCAUCAACUGGGCCACGGCGGAAGAGCGAUACAAUAAGGGCAUCGACAGCUCUGCCAUCUUGAAGGCCUCAAUCUAA